UGCUGCGAGCGCGCAGUCCCCGCCGAGCCCUGCAGCGCGCCGCACUCGCCGCCUCGCUCCGGACGCCGCCACCGCCGCCGCCGCCGCCGCGCCGCCCGCCCCCGAACUCACUACUUACUACUCCCACUCGGACUCUAGUGCAGUGCUGCAACUAAACUUUUCACAGUGCCCAAACUAGACACUGACUGUUAUCGUAACCCGUCUUUGAAAAGCUCAGCUGAAGUUUUCAUCAUAAAUCUUCGGAACUAAUAAAAAGUGGUGGCUCGGAGUGCCGAUGGAGCUGACGUCGAUGGGGAGUGCGCCGCCGUGAGCCGGCUCUCCCCAGGGCUAGAGCCAGGCUUAGAGCCAGGGAUAGAGCCAGGCUUAGAGCCAGGGAUAGAGCAAGGAUUUGAAAUGAACGAGAUGCCAGCCCAGUACGCCGUCGACGCGCGGAGAAUGCAACUCUACUCACACCCACACUUGCACCAAGCUGAGCUGUCGGUGCACGGGGCGUCCCACGAGCUGCUGAAGCCGAAGGACGAGCCGGGCUACUCGCUGUCGGGACACCAGCUCUGCGGGACGCUGCAUCAUCCAGGUUCCUCCCCGUACGACGAGCGGGUGUGUCUUCAGGACAACGGCGGGGCGGACACCCCCAACUCUCACAUCAAGGGUGAUGAAGACCUGUCCCGGGUGUACCAGACCCUCAGCCUGCCCGCGCUGGCCCGGGAUGACAAUACCACCAGCUCUACCAACAGUGAACCCAAGAGUAAAUCGAAGUCGUCUUCCCCGCCGAGCCCCGGCAACGCUUCUGACGUGAAGCCUCAGUCCACCACAGCCUCACAAGCCCUCACCAAGCCACCCUUCUCCUACGUAGCCCUCAUCACCAUGGCCAUCCAGAACAGCCAGACAAAACGGGCCACGCUAAGCGAAAUAUACUCGUACAUAACCAAGGAGUUUCCCUUCUACGAGAAGAAUAAAAAGGGAUGGCAGAACUCUAUCAGACACAACUUGAGCCUCAACGAAUGCUUCAUCAAGGUACCCAGAGAGGGAGGAGGGGAGCGGAAAGGCAACUACUGGACUCUUGAUCCUCACUGCGGCGACAUGUUCGAAAACGGCAACUUCCGUCGGCGCCGGCGCAUGAAGCGUCCCUUCCGGGCCACCCCCUACUCCAAGACGCUGUUCGGGGACGGCUACCACGUGGGCCACGUGGGCCACGCGCCGCACAUGCAGCCGCUGCCGCUUGGGACACGGAACUACUUCGGGGCAGGGUCGCCGUACCCGCCCUCUUAUCCCAGAUAUGAUACAUCAUGGCUGUCGCAGUCGCCAGGUGCACUGAACUACGGCGGGUGCUCCAUGUCUCGCAGCCCGCCCGGCUGCUCCCCGCACUCCGCGCUGCCUCACCAGGGCUCCCCUGUGUCCGUCAACCCCUUCGCGCCGGCCCACCAGAUACAGGGACAGCUGCAGAGUCCGCUGCAGCCCAUGCAGCCCAUGUCCGUCAACAGCUAUCAGAUCGGAGUUAGCACCUUAGACGGGUCACCGAGCCCCGGCCCGGGGUACUCGGCUGGCGGGUACUCCCCUGGCCGGCACCACGACGUCGUCACCUCCUCCGACACCGCCGUCCCGAGGUUCCCCUUCUGGUCUGAAGUAAUGCGGAAAAAUGACACAGAAUCAGUGCUGUACGUUCCAGGCGGGUCCCCCAGCCCCAACCCCGGCUACGCCCCGCCCGGCUCCUUCUCCCCCACUCGACGGCACGAAGCUGUCACGUCUUCCGACUCACCUGGUACGAGGUUCUCUUUUUGGCCUGAGGUUGGUGUAAAAGAAGAGACUUCCACUAGUUUGCUGUCGAACGGCUCCCCGUACUCCAAAUGUUUCAUGUGAGCACUGAACCUGGGACCCUGGACGACGACUCUCACUCCUCGCUAAGCGGUUUUAUAUAUUACUGAUCAAGUUUUUAAAUAUGUUAUGAUUUAUGAUAUAAUUAUUCGUUGUUGUUAAUUAUUAAAACUUGUAGCGAACUUAUUUAUAGCUUAAGUACUAUAGCAGUUAAUUAUAAUGAUAUGAUGUGUUCAAAUCGGAUCGAUGAUGUAUGAUCAAGCUUAAUGUGUGUAGAAAUUGCAGAUUCAAGACGAAUCUUAAUUUAGUCUUGUAACUAUUAUUGGUGUAUUUGUAAUGAAAUGAUGCGCAUUUGAGGAAAUACCUUAAACGAGUAGCUUUGAAGUCCCACCUGAAAAUAUGGUACGAAUUAUAUAAAAUAUGUUGUUGGUAUAUAUCGUUGUAUAGUAAUUAUCUGCACAGUAGCUAUACCAGCAUCUAAAGUCUGGGAUAGCGACAGACAAGGAAAAAUUGGUAGGUAUCUCAUAUUAUUUCCUUCUAACUGUUUAGAGUUAGGAGGUUUAUCCCAAUUGUCGACCGAGUGGUUAGUGUCGCUGCUACUGAAGGUCCGUGUUCGAUUCCCGGCCGGGGCAGAAUUUGUUUUUAAAACUUGAUUUUGUACUCGGGGUCUUGGGUGUUAAUAUGUAUCUGUGUAGGCUUUUCUAUACCUAUAUUAUAGGCUCUACCUAGUUUGGGGUCGGACGGCCGUCUGUGAGAUAUCUCCAUAUAAUAUAAUAAUGUGAAUAAUUCUUAUAUGUAUGUACGUCUUAUGUAAACACAAAACCGGUGCAGCUAUACCUAUUAGGUAUUGAAUACGGAAAGGUUAGAUGCAUUUGUAGGAUGGUAAGUAUGGUAACCUACCAUAUGUAGGUAAAAUCGUGUUAUAUUGUACCUCGAAUAAAUAUGGGUGUAAAAUGAUAUUCAGGUAUACUUACCUAUAACUAGCACAGUCAAAAGGGAUCAUGUCAUGAUCAGCUUGACGUUUUUUUAAGGUAUGUAGGACUGUGUAGGCAUUUAAGGAAUUCAACGCCUAUUUCUACAAAUAGUAGAGCGGCUUAGCUGAAAAAAUAUGCGGCUAACUUACUAUUUGUUUUUUCUAAAUCUAUUGCUAAUUUUACAAGAUGCAAGAUCAAAUAAUUUAUCAAAAAUAUUUGAAUGACAGUUUUUUGUCGAUACCGAUAAUCUUAUCAAGACCAGAUUGAUCAAUAUAGGCCUAUACUAUACACUAUACAGGGUAUACAGGGUGGUUUAUUAAUCCAGCGUUAAAUUUCCUUCGCAUCUCAUAUUAACUGAUUCUGAAAUUACAGUCACAAUAUUUCCAUCAUGAAAAAGUAGGGUCAUCAAAGUUAUGUAAAUAAAACAAUAUAAAUAGUACAGGGUUAUAUAUGAAUGAAAUCAUAUUUUGUAAAUAGGUAUAUCUGUAUUCCAUUUAUCUAAGACGUUUGAUACUGGAAAACACGUUAAAAUAGGUACAGUGGUUAGGUACUUUGUCAUACAUAUAUUAUUUAUUUAUCCAUAGAUGUUAGGUAUUAUUCAAAUUAGAAUACAAUCGUAUAUAUA